UUUUUUUUCUGCCACUGCGGUUCCUUUCAAAGCCGUCCGCCUCCCCCCCCCCUCACGCCCGCUUGCCUUAAGCUCUGGCUGCGAGUAAAGCGUCUUCAUGCACCCCAAGGAUGUCCGGGAAGCAUUAUAAGGGCCCUGAAGUCAGUUGUUGCAUCAAAUAUUUUAUAUUUGGCUUCAACGUCAUUUUCUGGUUCCUGGGCAUAGCAUUUCUUGGAAUCGGGCUGUGGGCAUGGAAUGAAAAGGGUGUGUUGUCUAACAUCUCCUCCAUCACUGAUUUGGGAGGCUUUGAUCCAGUGUGGCUGUUCCUUGUGGUUGGAGGAGUGAUGUUCAUUUUGGGGUUUGCAGGAUGCAUAGGAGCUCUGCGAGAGAACACCUUCCUUCUCAAAUUUUUCUCAGUAUUCUUGGGAAUCAUCUUCUUCCUGGAACUCACAGCUGGUGUUCUGGCAUUUGUAUUCAAAGACUGGAUCAAAGACCAGCUGUAUUUCUUUAUCAACAACAACAUUCGUGCAUACAGAGAUGACAUUGAUUUGCAAAACCUCAUUGACUUUACACAAGAAUAUUGGCAGUGUUGUGGAGCUUUUGGUGCAGACGACUGGAAUCUCAACAUCUAUUUCAACUGCACAGACUCCAAUGCAAGUCGAGAGCGCUGUGGGGUACCCUUUUCCUGCUGCACUAAAGAUCCUGCUGAAGAUGUCAUUAAUACACAGUGUGGUUAUGAUGCCAGGCAAAAGCCAGAAGUUGACCAGCAGAUUGUUAUUUACACAAAAGGCUGUGUCCCUCAAUUUGAGAAAUGGCUGCAGGACAACCUCACUAUAGUUGCUGGCAUAUUCAUUGGCAUAGCAUUGCUGCAGAUAUUCGGGAUAUGCUUGGCUCAGAACCUAGUUAGUGAUAUUGAAGCAGUCAGAGCCAGCUGGUAGCCAUUGACACAAGUAACAGUAGGAUAACCGACCCUCAGCCAGUAAUGGAAAAGCUCCAUUGGGUUCCAUGGAUGCUGUGCUUAUAGAAAUGGGUGACAGCAGAGUUUUGAGUUCUCUAAUUAUUGGAACUGCCUCAGACCCUUUUUUAAUUCCAGAGGAAACAACUCUAGCCACCUGGUUCCUGAUAAAAGCUCUUCAAAGCUCCAGUCUGAUAUGUUUUGAGCCAUUUUUUUCUACUGUAUCCUUGACUGAAUAAACUAGUGGACACUCCUUUCUUCCUUAUUUGAUAGUAAAUGGUCUGUGUCAAUGGGACUUCAGCCACAGCAUAAUUUAAUGGGCACACUGUUUCUUCAUGCAUCACAAGUUUGUGGGCUGUUGACAGACAUAAGGAAGUAUCUUUGUCCAGUGCACACCAAAGGUGUGGUGUGUUCUACACCAGACAGAGACACACACAGUACUCCUUCUGGAAGAAAACCCAUCAAAUAGAAAACUACUUUCUCAUUCUUGGCUGGUUUGCUUGCAGGCAGGAAAUAAUCCAUAUACCACAGGAUUUUCAAGAUCUGCUCUGUUGUGCCCUCUGUUGGGAAACAGCAACUUUAAUUAUACUGUAUCUCUUCCUCUUGCACUCUUAUCUCCAACCAAGCAGAAUGGAAUCUGACAUCUUAAUUAACAGAUUUGAAAGCUACAGUUGAAAAUACGUUUCAUGUUUGUAACAUGUGACAACAUAUAAUGUAAGAAGAGGUGUGAACAAUGAGGAUUUAGACCAACUUUUUAAUGAAGAGAUUGACCACACUUCUCAAUGUUAAAACCAACAACUGAGAAGGCACCAAACAUCAUGGGCAAAACUAAAUUCUAAUGGAAGUACAUUUGUGUGGAAUAGUUUAAAAUCACUCUUGUUGCACUAGCAUUUGAUGCAACUGGAGAAAUGUGUAGGGAUGCCCCUUGAAACUUUGUAUUACUGUUUUCUUUCAUAUCCUGCAUGUGAUUGCGAGAAGCAAUCUCUUUGGUGUGUCUUAUUUGGGUAUCUGUUUUCAAUAAGCUCCUAGGUCCAGUUUGUUUAUUUAUUAGUGCAUAAGUGGCUAAAACAACAAAGCAAUUUGCACCUCUUCAUUUUGCAGUUGGAUAGGAAUAUUUUUCCUCAUUUUCAGUUGUUCCCUUGUACCAUUUCCUCCUCUCUCCAUUCCUUCCUUCUGCUCUCUGAUUUGAAAUGUUACUGCUUUACUCAAGCAGAAGUUUUUUUAAGACCCAUGAAGUAAAUUUUAGUUUUAUAGAGCCUAUUUUUGAAGCAAGUGAAAAUAAGUACAAUUUGAGAAGUAGUAGCAUAACACGAAGAUCCCUCUGAAACUAAAAAAAUACAGAUAAUUUUAUCUGAAAGUAUGCUUCACUGAGGACUGGUUGAUGUUAUUUCCAGUAAAUGUGUCUGGGUUUGGGAGUAAUUGUCUGUAUUUGAUUUAGAUAGCUAUGGAAAACACAAAGUUGAUGGUGCCUUCUGUGAAAGAACUGAAUAUAGCUUUUCUUAUCAAGAAAAUUGAGUUUGUUGUAUUUGGGCAGAAAUUCUUGUGAACACAACAGUCUUGUUGGGUUUGAGAGGAAAUUCAUUAAUGUUUUAUUCUUAUGUGCAGGAACAAUAAGAUAGAAUGGAAAAUGGGGGGAAAAAGAUUUCCCAAUACCAUUGGUGAGCCUGGCUAUCUAAAAAAGCCUAUCUCAGAAAGAAAAAUCCAAUAUAAACACCUUCUUCAUGUGAAACAUUCCUUGGUGUUAGUGGAUAGUUGACAAUUAAUGCAAUCUCCAAAGAAUGCUAUUUUAUAUAGUAUCAUUUCAAGAACUAAACAUUCCAAACACACUUAUGGUCUUACCUCAUGGACUGCAUAUGACCCAUUUGACUGAAUAUUGGGCACUGUUCAUCCUAAUGAAGUUCAUUUAGGCCUACUACUGGUAAUUUCAAAUAUGUCAGGUAAUACUUGUAAUAUUCUGAUAAAGCUUCAAGGGUUGACUUGCUGAGCAGGAGCAGCUUAUGAGAGAAAUAAGGCCAAACAUCCAAGAUGCUGAAAUACUAUGUGUAACUAUGAUUAUGUUACAGAAACAUUCCUUAUUGCAUCUGCUGUAGAUUUUGGAAGAAUAUUUUCCAUGCUUCUGCUUAAAUCUCCCAUGAUGGGCCCUUCUAUUGAUUUGCUCCUUUCUAGACAUGGGGGGUGGUAUACGAAUACGUAUAUGAACACGAAGCCUGAUUACCACCCACCCCCAGAACCUGGUGGACCACUUACUGUGUGGCGCGUCAUCCCCUGUGCCCCAAUUGCAGCAGUAGCCCAGCCUCCCUGUUUGCCUGGCCACUCAGCGGCUGAGUAGGGAGACUCAUCGUCCCUCCCCUUGGGCUGGAGUGGCUGGACAAGCAGGGAGGUGGGACUGCGGCAGCUGGGCUACUGCUGCGAUUUGGGCAUGGGAAAUGACACUAGCUUUGUGAGCUGCAUGGUAAUUGGUCCAGCAGAAUCUGAGGGUGGGUGGUAAUUGGGCCAGCCACCUAUGUCGAUGGGGUUUUGUAUUUGUAUACGAAUAUGAAGACCCCAUGUCUACUCCUUGCUUAUUUUCAUCCCAUUUCCAGAGUGAAUUUAUGCAGAUACUGUAUUUGUAGACAUGGGGAUAGGGAUCACAACAUAGUGAAAUCCUUGUCGUAAUGGUAAAGCUUUCUUCUUAGUGGAACACUCUGUGGUUAAGUGUCUGAUACCACCUUUCUGAUAAAUGCUGAUUCUGGGAAUAUCUGACUGGCUCUGCAACAGAAAAAGUUCUGUUUUUGGAUCCAGAGAGAAGUGUAUGAAACAGAAAAUGUUGGUUUUUUCUAGAAAUUUAUCACCUUCUCUUUUGGAUGUAAAAGUUUCUCUGAUUCAUGUAGGAAAUCAUUUAAAACAACAACAACAAAAGACUGCUUAUUUCCCUACCUUACAUCACUGUUGCAAAUAGUUAAAUGGUUCAGACACCCCUUUUAAAAUGUGUUUCUCCAUUUUGUAUAACCAUUUUGCUAACAGUCCUGUCUAUAUGGUGUUCAGAUUUCAUAGACUUCAAGAACCCUUCAUUUGCUUUUGAAAUUUAGGGAACAAAUUCCAUUUACCCUUUACCCUGAAAGUAUCUAGGUGACCUUAUUUCUGGACCUUUAUUUAAUUUCCACAUCAGUUGCACAAGACUGGUAUUGAGGAAGCUACUGUAUUAUCUUAAAGAUAGCCAUGGAAAGACAGCAUGGACCAAGCAUGCCUGCAAGAACAACAAACUUGCAGAGCAAAUUUCAUUUCCAGAUCUCUUACGUAAGUGAAUAUUUAUCUAAAAUCACUUGAUUUCUGGAAAACAACAAUAUCCUUUCCAGGAAGGGAAGGAAGACUUCAGCCUGAACUAAUAAAACAGUGACAAAAGAGAGUGAGCUGAAGCUGCCAUCUGCAUGACUGUUGACUACAUAGUUAGCUUUCUUAUCCCUGUUUUCUUUUAAAAAGGUAGAGAUUUCCAAGGAAAAAAGGAGUUUUGAGUUAUUAAGGGCAGUUUUUUAAAUGACACAAAUAAAACGAACUGAAGGACCUAAAUUGGUAAAAACCAUUUGUCUUUAUAAUUUUUAGAAACCAACUCAAAGCGUAGCAGGUCCAGUUGUUGAAUGGUGAGUCAACACUUGUCUAAAACUCUUUAUUUCAACAGGCCUACUCUCAUUUGAAUGUCCUGUUGGAUUCAGGCCAGCAAGUUAGUGGGACUUACAAAAGUAUUAACAAUCCUAUUCAUUCAGUGGUACUUCUAUAGUUAGAAUUUAGUCACAGAUGUUCAGAGGCAAUGCUGAUGCAUGAUGUGCCUGGGCAUGAAUCAGUUCUUCAAAUCUUGAAUAAGUCAAAAUCAAAAUACAAAAUCAGAUCUUGUAGUGUGUUAAUUUUGAUCCAUAAUGUUUGUCUGGUGAAAAGGUUCCCAACCCGUAUGCCCCCCCUUUUAAACCCCUUCUUUUUUUCAUACCUUGUGUCUGUUUUGCAAAAGGAAAGAAAAGCCAAAAUAAUUCUGCUCCUAGAGAUGCAAAUGUAUACACUACUUUGUCUUUAAAAAAUUGAACACGUUUGUUGCUUGAUUGCUGGCUCAAGGACAGUCUACUUAAUAAACUAGUUAGUCCAUUAUGUGCCAUGAAGUUGGAACUGACUUACAGCAACCACAAUAGGGCUUUCAAGGUGAGUGAUAUAUUUAAGGUUGUACCAGUUCCAUACCUCCAGUAAGACCCAGGCCUCCUGAGUCCUAGUCUAUCACGCUGUCCACUACACCACACCGGGUACCCUACCUAGUAGACUUCUAUGUAUUAAUUCAAGAUUGUUACAGUUAACAAAUCACAUUCACUAUGCUGCCCUGCCAGCUUGCUUGAGGUUUAUAGAAAUGCAGCUGUUUUGUAUUUGCUGGAUGUACGUAGUGACAUUUGUGGAUUGAUGGUGGAUUGGUCUCAUGCACAAACUAACAAAUUGUUUCCAGAGUCCUCCAAAGUGUAGCCUGCUUUCAUACAAUAUUUUCCACUAUGCAUUAACUUUCUGGAGCAGCAAAUCUGGGUAGAGAAGUUAAGAGCUUUCCAGGGCUUUGUUAUUGCUUUAAACAUUUGCUUGAAUAAUUGCAGCAGUUGGGUAUACUGACUUCUGUAUAGAAUGAUCCAUCCUGGUCUAAACAUCCUAGUUUCAGUCUGUCUCCGUUUGAAGCAGUAGAAACUAUUUUUUGCUUUCAUUCUGCUCUUGUUCUGUGACCUGAGGGCUGCUUUCUUCCAUCCAGAUGCAGUUACACAUACUGAGAAGUCAAGGCUUGGGACCUGGCCUUUAUCAGGUUCUACCUACUGUGUAAAUAAUCUUUAAAAUGUAAAUAGUAGAAUGCAAAUGAAAUGAUCCAUGCACAGGAUUGUGGUUCAUCUUAAAUGUGUAAUUAUACUGAGAUGGAUGUACAAGGUGUGUCUGACUGUCCAUUUUAAUACUUAAAAGCUUUACAUAUCUUUCAUUUCAAAUUUGGAAUGCUUUAAUAGCCUGCCAUCUAGUGUCUGCUUCGCAAUACUGCAGCUGCGUAAAACGGGUAAGAAGGGCUCCCAAACUGUAUUACAUUAGUCCAAGAACAAUAUUGGACCUCCUUUCUUUUACUGUCCACUUUGAGCAUUGAUUGUACUAUUUGCUGCCAAAAUAUGGGCACUCUAUUUACUCCUAUGUUGUUCCAAAACUAAUUCUGUACCCUCAGUGGUCACACCUGACAGCUAUCAAGAGGGUACCUUUGCAUAGGAAUAUUUGAGGCCUGCUUUCUUGAACUGGAUGCCUGCUUCAGAAGACCAAGGACAAUUUAGCAAAUAUGUGGGUGGAAUGGAGUACAUCUUAGAAAAGUUUUUUUAAACUACAAGAUCCAGAAUCCCCCAGCUUUUACAAAUGCUAUGAUUUAGCACUGUAGUAGGAGUGGUUGUAUGGGAUGUGGUGGAGCUGUGGGUUAAACCGCAGAAGCUUCUGUGCUGCAAGGUUGGAAGACCAGCAGUUGUAAG